AUGGGCGAGGAUAACGACGUGAACAAGGGCCUCCUUGACGGCGACAUCCGGCGAUCCGCUCGUUCCGAAGGCUCAUCGUCGUCUGACACGAUUGCCGCCGAAGUCGGAUUUGAGCGCCCCGACGAACGCCUCGACGGCGACCUUUCCGAACUCGAAGAAGACGCCGACGCCAGCGACGACGCCCCGCCGACACCACGUUUCAUGCAGGACGAGGGCUCCUGGCGGCGGUUCCGCUGGGUGCCGUACUGGGUGCGCCGGUCCGCCAAAGCGGCUGUGCAAUGGUCCCGUGGACCCGAGGACGCACGCCCUUUUGUGAUUGAGCCCCUGCUGCCCGUUGUGCAGCAUGCCCCCCUUCAGCUGCUGGACUGGCUGCUGGACAGACUGCCGGGAUCCAAGGACGACCCGCUCAAGAGCCGGAUCCGGUGGCGCCGUGCGCUGCUGGGCGGCUGGCUCGCGAUUUGGCUGCUGACGUUUGCGCUCGUGAUGCGUCGUGGCAUUGUGGCGGGUGAGAUGGCGGACUGGGGCAUCCCCGGGGACAUUGGGUGCGGAAACACGUACUGGGUGCCGGGCAACAUGUGCGGCCUGGACGGCAGCGGGUGCCGGCCGUUUAACGGCAGCGGCUUUGCGUUCCGGUGCCCAGCGACCUGUGCGGGCUACCAGGUGCUGAACCCGCGGGCGGUCGGCGACAAGGAGGUGGUGUACCAGACACUGGUGGUGGGCGGCCCGAACUCGGGCGCCAACGGCACGGACCACAUCUACCGUGGCGACUCGUUUAUCUGCAGCGCGGCCAUCCAUGCGGGCGUCAUUAACAAUGCGGCCGGCGGUUGCGGCGUGGUGCGGCUCGUCGGCCGACAGACGCACUUCACGGCGUCCAAUAACAACGGCAUCCAGAGCAUCGCAUUCGACUCGUACUUCCCGCUCGCGUUCACGUUUGAGCAGGGCGUGAGCUGCCCCGGCCAGCAGGAUGCGCGCUGGCCGCUGCUGGCGGUGUCGGUGGUGUUCUCGACGAUCCUGUCGCUGUUUGUGACGAGCCCGGCGGCUUUCUUUUUCAGCGUCUUUACGGGCCUCUUCUGGCACGUUGGCCUGGCCUCGGACCCGCCGCCGCACGCGUCGAUCCCGGCCCUCCUCUCCAACAUAUCCGGCAAGUUCUUGCCGGCGGCCCUCGUCGCCUGGGUGAUCUUUGACGUCAUGGCCGUGCGCCGCACGCUCACGGGCUUGACGGCACAGAUUGAGAAGACGGUGCUGUGGCUCGGCGGCUGCUGGGCUGGCUCGCUCAACAACUACACGUUUGACGGCAUCCCGAUCCAGCGUCUGACGCCGCACGACCUUGCGCAGCAGCCCGGUGCCAAGGCGGCGCUCGCCAUCAUCAUUGGCGUGCUGCUGUCGAUUGCGGCCACCCAGGUCUGGUACUUCCGCCGCGAGGGCCGGCUCCGGCGCUACCUGCAGCUGUACAUUCUGUUCAUUUCCGGCUUGGUUGUCUGCAUGCUGCUGCCCGGCCUGCGCCUGCGCAUCCACCACUACAUUGUGGGCCUUUUGCUCCUGCCCGGCACAAGCAUGCAAACACGGCCGGCGCUGGUCUACCAGGGCAUCCUGGUGGGCCUGUUUAUCAACGGCAUCGCGCGCUGGGGCUGGGACUCGCUGCUGCAGACGGCGGCGGCGCUGCAGGACGACGCGCAGCUGAACUCGCCCCUGCCGACGCUGCUGGAGCCGGUGGUCCGGCUGGCCAACACGACAGUGGCCACGGCCGUUGAGGCGGCCGUCGACGCCGCAACAGGCCUGCUGGCCUCCGACGUGUCGCGCCUCGCCGGCGUGCUCACGGCCGCCGCCAACACGAGCAGCAUCACCUUCUCGUGGCAGCCGCCUCCGGGCCCGCGCUACGACGGCAUCAGCGUGCUGGUCAACGAUGUUGAGCGGUACCGCGGCUACUUUGACGAUCCGGUGGAGGCCGACGGCACAAGCAACGGCGGGCCGACGUUUACAUGGGAGCGGCCGGCCGACGUGGCGGCGGCAGGCGUCGACGAAUACUUCCGGUUCGGCUACAUGGAGGGCAGCCAGACGGACGACUACACGCGGGCGGGAAUUUGGACGGCGGAGGGCGAGUGGCUGUCGAUGCCGCCUGGACCGUCACGGGUGCGCAGCCGCGAGGUGGCCGAGAUGCGAUAG